CAGAAACUUACUGAUAUAUGUAUAUACAUACUCUUGUAUAUACCAAUAGUUAGUUUUCAGCAAUAAAUACGAAUGUACUCUAUUACAUUAAUGUUAUUGUGCUUUUUUAAUAGUUUUACUUGAUAAAUACAUUAAAUCUCCCAAUACUGUGUUAGGUAUUCUAUUCGAUAAAGAUAUUAGCUUUAUUAGUGAUAAGCCUGUUAUCUAAAAGCUCACUACGAUUUGUGACAUUAGUCAUAUGCAUUCGUAUUAUCAUUAUCGACAGUGUAUACUUUAAGUUAUAAGCUAUCUGGUGACAAUGGAGGAGUUUUUAGGUAAAAAGUAUAUGAUGACCUAUGAGGAGAACUUAGCUGAGUACUUAUCAUUUCUUGGAAUAAACAAAUCAUCACAGAGCUUUUUCAUUAGAGUAGAAAUGGUGUUUUCGUUGCAUCGAGCGUCGAACGGGUCGUACUUUUUCAAAGCGAGCUCGCAGUUUGGCGACUACGAGUUAUCAUUUAAACCAGGGGAAGAGUUUGAUGAUUUCGAUUUCGAUUUUAGAAAGGGAAGGUGCGUCAUUACGAUUGAUGGUCACACAAUGACAAUGAUACAAAGAUCUGGUAAUGGAAAGAUAUCAAAAAGUGUCAUGGAGUAUUACCCUGACAAAUUGAUCGUUACUACAACAGCACUGGGAUUUAAAAAGAUUGUGAAGAGGCAGUACACGGUGGUGCAGUAAGCAUAACGAAAACAUUAGAAGUAAUAACCUUUAAAACAAAAAAAAAAUUGUCACUUAUGAUUAAUAAAAAUAUUUUACGUUUUUAAAAUAAG